AUGACUGCGUACGUCAUCGCGUUGAGUGUGCUCGUGGCCCUGAUGAUCUACUUCCACGUGUCACCAUCGCAACCGUCCCCUGGAUCAUUCAGCUCCGCCGGUCCGUCGUACCUUCCGCCGAAUCUCGGCUGGGUCGCGUUUCUAUUUCCCAGUGCGAGCAAGAUCGACGCGACGAUCUGCCGCGCGGAGGCGAAUUACUGGGAGAACGUUGAGCGACGGCGCAAGGAGUUUCGAGGCGUGCUGCAACCGGUUCUGGGCAACCCUGUGCGAAUGAAGGAGCUGAUUCUCGUGCCCACGUACACGUGCCCGCUCAACGAGCGCAUCGGGAAAUGGGGCGACGGGGGGAAGUGGGCGUGCAUGAUGCAGUCUGUCAUCCAGAAGAAAGACCCAGUCGUGUACAGCAUCGGUAGCUUCGGCAUGUACUCAUUCGAGAAGGAGAUGCACGAAGCGCUGCGCACCAUGCCCUACACAUUCGACCCCUUCCUUCCCCCUGAGAAGCUCAAGGUCAUGACCUCCCUCCCUUUCCUUCACUUCAUCGAAAUCGGCCUCUCCGGAUCCGCCUCCCUCCCCGCCUACCGCUCGAAAUUCCCCGCAAAAAAAUUCGCGACACUGCCCGAAUUGAUGGGGCAGUUCGGGCACAGCUACGUGGAUGUUUUUAAGAUUGACUGCGAGGGGUGCGAGGUGGAGCUAAUUAAAGACCUUGGCAAGGAGUAUAACAGCACGGAUAAGAGGCUGGCGGUGCAUGGAGGGAAACUACCUUUCGGGCAGAUCCUCAUCGAAUUCCACAACAUGGACAAGAGUGUGAAGACCCUCGCCAUGUUCUACACACUGGAGAACCUCGGGUAUCGUCUGUUCAGCAUUGAAUACAACCACCAGUGUGCCGUGUGCUGUGAGAUGAGCUUCAUUCACGAGAGCCUUUUGGUGGGCUUUGAUAAGCCUGCUGGUGGUAAGGAGGCUGAUACUGCUGGUGGUUUGCCUGUGGAACCUGGGAAGUUGGUGGGCUUUGAUAAGCCAGCUGGUGGCAGGGAGGCCGGGGCUGGUGAUGGUUUGCCUGUGGAACCGGGAAAGUUGGUGGGCUUUGAUAAGCCAGGGAAGCAGAAGAACGAUACAGAGGAUACGGAGGAGGAGGGGGAGGAGGUGAGUGAGAAGGUGGGUGGAAACAGGAAUGUGAAGGUUGGAGUGGAGGGCAAGGAGGAGGGGAGCAGCAAGAAGAGUAGCAAGGUGAGCGGCAAGGCGAAUGUGAAGGGGAACGCCAAGGACAGCACCAAGGCGGGGAAGAAAAUGAGCAAGGAGAAGACCAGCGAAAGGAGUAGGAAGGAAAUCAAGAAGGAUGAAGAGGACGAAGAGGAAGGCUGA